AUGACGAAGCAGGCACAGAUUCCGGAGGUGCUAAAGAAGGAGGUCAGAUCACUGCUAAUAGCUGCCAAAGGGGGCUUAACACCAGCAGAGCUGGAAGAGGAGUACCUGACCAUGAUUGGCAAACCUCUCCCUGUUUGUGACCUGGGCUUCCAAUCCACCUUGGAGCUGGUGGCAGAUAUGCCUGAUGUUGUCAGAAUCUGCCCUUCUAAGAAAGGCACUUCUGUCCUGAAAGCUAUUGCAGAUGAGACCACCAAAAAGAUUGCCAAGCUGGUUGCCAGGCAGAGAGGUGGCAGGGCAGGGAAGAGAGCUGCUGUGAAGGCAGAUGCUGCUUCUUGCUCUUGGAAUCCCCAGUGCUUCCCUCAGAUGGGCAGGGCUCCUGUCCUGCCAGCAGCAGUGAAGGCUGAGCUGCAGCACCUGCUGAGUUCCUCACCAGUUCUUCUCUCAGACUUUGACAAGGCCUUCUUCAAACACUUUGGCCAGGAGUUCCAGUACACACAGUAUGGAUUUUCCUCUCUGUUUGAGGUCCUCAGCAGUGUAUCUGAUAUCAUUGUGAUCGAGCAGACAGGAGCAGGUUCCUUGCUGACCCUGAAGAACCAGCUGGAGAAGGAAGAGGUGCUGCAAGGUGAGGCAUUCAACCAAAUCAUUUUUCUCUUUGCAGCAGCACCUGCAGCUGAGAAGCCUCCUUUGGAAUCCAGCCAUGAGACACAGAGCUUGUACCUGACAGCAGAAGAGAAGUCAGAGCCAGUCCAAGCACAAACAGGAGGUUUGGGUGAUGGCCUCCAAAAACCUCAAGAUUUGGAGCAGUCCAUACUAGACAAGUUGGUACUGACUCCAGAAAUCCCCCCCGAUGCUGUUCAGGACAGCAGCCUUUGUGGUUUACCCCCACUGGAGAGAAGGUGCAUGGUGGGAGUCUUUGUGGGGUUCAUCGUCUCUCCAAGCCAGUUCUACAUCCACAUCUGCAGCAGGGAACCCCCUGAUGAACUACUGGAGAUGAUGAUUGACAUGAGACGCUGUUACUCAGACAGACGCCUCUGCGAUCGCUACGUCAUGCCCGAGGGCUCAGUGCGGCCUGGGCAGCUCUGCUGUGUGCGGGUCGCCGCGUGGUGGUACCGAGUCAUCGUCCACCAGGUGCUCAGCCACCAGCAGCUGGAGGUCUUCUAUGCAGAUUAUGGAAACCUCGAGCUCGUCCCAACGUCUGCCCUGAGAUUCCUCAAGAGGUGCUACUUGAAGCUCCCUGCUCAGGCCAUCCCAUGUUCCUUGGCAGGAGUAAAGCCCACAGAGGAUACAUGGUCCAAUGCAGCAACUCUCCUGUUCAAGGAGUUGUGUGGCUCCAAACUACUUGUGGGCUUUGUGGAUGAAUAUGUUCAUGGCAUUUUGCAUCUCUUCCUGUGUGACACAUCCACCAAGGAGGAUGUCUACUUCCACAGUGUUUUGAGCGCUGGGGGACAUGCUGCCAUCUGUGAAGAGAACAUUCCUUCCCAGGGAUUCAUGGAACUGAAUCCUCUGGCCUUGUAUGUUCAGCCCAGCAGGCAGCAGGAGAAUGCUGAACUGGUGGAGCCAGACCUUGGCUUGCCUCAGGAAUCUCUAAAUGCAGACAGUGAAACAGCAAGCUCAAAGCUGGAUGGGAAUCAACAGUGUGACCAGCAGUGGCACCUGUCUGCUAAGAAGGAGGCACAAGAUGAUGUGUGGCCACUUUUGGAUGAAGGGAGUGCCCCAAGGACAACAGACCAAGACCCUGAAGUUGUGCAGGGGGAUACAAAUGAAACUCCUGUGGAGCUUAUGGCAGUAGUUAAGACAUCUCCUUCCCUUGGAGAGCCCUCACUGCCUGCUGUCUUAUUCACAGUGAAAGACUUUGACACCUCCUUUGUCUACUUCAAGCAGGCAGCAGCAGUGAGCCAAGAUGACCCUGAUCAGAUGGAAAGAUUUUCCAAGGAGGCCCAACCUUGUGAAGCUGUGCAUCCCUCCGUGCUCCUGACAGCAAUGCCCUUUAUGCUGGACAAUCAUAACGACGAAGAACAAAUGAAGAACAAAGAUGUUCCCAGUAGUCCUGCAGCUGGCCUGUGCUGUGCCCCUGGGCUGGCUGACCAUGGGCUGUCUCAGAAGCUCUAUGUCCCUCCUGCCAUGCUGUCUACAGUGUUGGCAUCUGCACGUUUGACCUCAUCCACUGGCUCUUUCCAGUGGCUCCCCUGCCUGAGAAAGAAGAUGUGA